AAACAGUAGAUAGUGGCUGAAUGGGAAGGUAGGGAGAAACACCAGUCACUGGGUGACUGGGAAGGUAGGGAGAAACACCAGACACUGGCUGAAUGGGAAGGUAGGGAGAAACACCAGACACUGGCUGAAUGGGAAGGUAGGAAGAAACAGUAGACACUGGCUGAAUGGGAAGGUAGGGAGAAACAGUAGACACUGGCUGAAUGGGAAGGUAGGGAGAAACAGUAGAUACUGGCUGAUUGGGAAGGUAGGGAGAAACACCAAACACCAGACACUGGCUGAAUGUGAAGGUAGAGAGAAACACCAGACACUGGCUGAAUGCGAAGGUAGGGAGAAACACCAGACACUGGCUGAAUGUGAAGGUAGAGAGAAACACCAAACACUGGCUGAAUGCGAAGGUAGAGAGAAACAGUAGACACUGGCUGAAUGGGAAGGUAGGGAGAAGCACCAGACACUGGCUGAAUGGGAAGGUAGAGAGAAACACCAUACACUGGCUGAAUGCGAUGGUAGAGAGAAACACCAGACACUGGCUGAAUGUGAAGGUAGGGAGAAACACCAGACACUGGCUGAAUGAGAAGGUAGGGAGAAACAGUAGAUACUGGCUGAUUGGGAAGGUAGGGAGAAACACCAGACACUGGCAGAAUGUGAAGGUAGGGAGAAACACCAGACACUGGCAGAAACGGAAGGUAGGGAGAAACAGUAGACACUGGCUGAUUGGGAAGGUAGGGAGAAACACCAGACACUGGCUGAAUGUGAAGGUAGAGAGAAACACCAGACACUGGGUGCCUGGGAAGGUAGGGAGAAACACCAGACACUGGCUGAAUGUGAAGGUAGAGAGAAACACCAGACACUGGGUGCCUGGGAAGGUAGGGAGAAACACCAGACACUGGCAGAAUGGGAAGGUAGGGAGAAACAGUAGAUACUGGGUGACUGGGAAGGUAGGGAGAAACACCAGACACUGGCAGAAUGCGAAGGUAGGGAGAAACAGUAGAUACUGGCUGAUUGGGAAGGUAGGGAGAAACACCAGACACUGGCUGAAUGUGAAGGUAGGGAGAAGCACCAGACACUGGCUGAAUGUGAAGGUAGAGAGAAACACCAGACACUGGGUGACUGGGAAGGUAGGGAGAAACACCAGACACUGGCAGAAUGGGAAGGUAGGGAGAAACAGUAGAUACUGGCUGAUUGGGAAGGUAGGGAGAAACAGUAGAUACUGGCUGAUUGGGAAGGUAGGGAGAAACAGUAGAUACUGGCUGAUUGGGAAGGUAGGGAGAAACAGUAGAUAUUGGCUGAUUGGGAAGGUAGAGAGAAACACCAGACACUGGCUGAAUGUGAAGGUAGAGAGAAACACCAGACACUGGGUGCCUGGGAAGGUAGGGAGAAACACCAGACACUGGCUGAAUGCGAAGGUAGAGAGAAACACCAGACACUGGCAGAAUGGGAAGGUAGAGAGAAACACCAUACACUGGCAGAAUGUGAAGGUAGAGAGAAACACCAGACACUGGGUGCCUGGGAAGGUAGGGAGAAACACCAGACACUGGCUGAAUGGGAAGGUAGGGAGAAGCACCAGACACUGGCUGAAUGUGAAGGUAGAGAGAAACAGUAAUUACUGGCUGAUUGGGAAGGUAGGGAGAAACACCAGACACUGGCAGAAUGGGAAGGUAGAGAGAAACACCAGACACUGGCAGAAUGGGAAGGUAGGGAGAAACAGUAGAUACUGGCUGAUUGGGAAGGUAGGGAGAAACACCAGACACUGGCUGAAUGUGAAGGUAGAGAGAAACACCAGACACUGGCAGAAACGGAAGGUAGGGAGAAACACCAGACACUGGCAGAAACGGAAGGUAGGGAGAAACACCAGACACUGGCAGAAUGGGAAGGUAGGGAGAAACACCAGACACUGGCAGAAACGGAAGGUAGGGAGAAACAGUAGAUACUGGCUGAUUGGGAAGGUAGAGAGAAACACCAGACACUGGCUGAAUGUGAAGGUAGAGAGAAACACCAGACACUGGGUGCCUGGGAAGGUAGGGAGAAACACCAGACACUGGCUGAAUGUGAAGGUAGAGAGAAACACCAGACACUGGGUGCCUGGGAAGGUAGGGAGAAACACCAGACACUGGCUGAAUGUGAAGGUAGAGAGAAACACCAGACACUGGGUGCCUGGGAAGGUAGGGAGAAACACUAGACACUGGCAGAAUGGGAAGGUAGGGAGAAACACAAGACACUGGCAGAAACGGAAGGUAGGGAGAAACAGUAGAUACUGGCUGAUUGGGAAGGUUGGGAGAAACACCAGACACUGGCAGAAUGGGAAGGUAGAGAGAAACACCAGACACUGGCAGAAUGGGAAGGUAGAGAGAAACACCAGACACUGGCUGAAUGUGAAGGUAGAGAGAAACACCAGACACUGGGUGCCUGGGAAGGUAGGGAGAAACACCAGACACUGGCAGAAUGGGAAGGUAGGGAGAAACACCAGACACUGGCAGAAUGGGAAGGUAGGGAGAAACACCAGACACUGGCAGAAACGGAAGGUAGGGAGAAACAGUAGAUACUGGCUGAUUGGGAAGGUAGGGAGAAACACCAGACACUGGCAGAAUGGGAAGGUAGAGAGAAACACCAGACACUGGCUGAAUGUGAAGGUAGGGAGAAACACCAGACACUGGGUGCCUGGGAAGGUAGGGAGAAACAGUAGAUACUGGCUGAUUGGGAAGGUAGGGAGAAACACCAGACACUGGCAGAAUGGGAAGGUAGAGAGAAACAGUAGAUACUGGCUGAUUGGGAAGGUAGGGAGAAACACCAGACACUGGCAGAAUGGGAAGGUAGAGAGAAACACCAGACACUGGCUGAAUGCGAAGAUAGGGAGAAACAGUAGAUACUGGCUGAUUGGGAAGGUUGGGAGAAACAGCAGACACUUGCAGAAUGGGAAUGUAGGGAGAAACAGUAGAUACUGGCUGAUUGGGAAGGUAGGGAGAAACACCAGACACUGGCUGAAUGCGAAGGUAGAGAGAAACACCAGACACUGGCAGAAUGGGAAGGUAGGGAGAAACAGUAGAUACUGGUUGAUUGGGAAGGUAGGGAGAAACAGUAGAUACUGGCUGAUUGGGAAGGUAGGGAGAAACAGUAGAUACUUUGUGACUGGGAAGGUAGGGAGAAACAGUAGAUAAUGGCUGAAUGGGA